AUGCUCCAAACCGCCAUCAACAGAGACAAGGGAUUGUCCCACCACCUGCAGAACCACAACUUUGAGAUCAAGCUGGGAAUGAUCAACCUUGUGCAGAACAAGAUGUUCCAUGGAUUGCCAAGUGAAGACCCCAUUGAUCACCUUGAUGAGUUUGAUAGGCUAUGUGAUUUGACAAAGAUCAAUGGUGUCUCUGAAGAUGCCAUCAAGCUGAGACUCUUCCUAUGUCUCUUGCUGACAAAGCUCACCAAUGGGAGAAGAGCUUGCCCCAUGGCACAAUCACCACUUGGGAUGAAUGCAAGAAGGCCUUUCUUGCUAAGUUUUUCUCCACCGGUCGCACAGCCAAGCUAA